CACUGUUGUAUGACAUUAAGAAGGUGAAUCCAAAGAGGACCAUAGAUGUAGGGUCAUUCCAAGUAAACCCUGACGGGACGCAAGAGAGGAGUAAGGUUCCUUUAGCAAAGUCAGAGAGCAACUUAACAGAGUUGUUGGGACAGAAAAGGAGAUGGGAGAGAUUUGCUCCUAGGUGCCAAACACCAGGCUGGAUGGUGCACCCCGUGCUCUUCCACCCUUCCCAGGGGGUCAGAGACCCAUUUCGUGGCACCGAGGUGAAUUACCAGCAGCUCCCUAAAUACUGGGUAUCCUCCUUUUUAUCAUCCUUACAAUGGGAAAGUAUCAUAGAAGAGUAUGAAGAUGAAAUAUUCUCACUUAUCGCCCAAGAGGCAGACUAUCUAGCUGACAAGCUGUGCAGUGAAAAAUCAG